UAUUGCCAGAUAAAGUGCUUUUAGUGACUCUAUGCUGUGCUGAGGCGACUUCCUGACCAUGGCCAAGUGUGCGCUGGAGCCCAGUUCGCCGGUGACGAAAGUCUGGAAGCCGGAGCUGUACAGAAUCCAACUGGAGGCGCCCACGCCCAAGGCCGUGAUGCGGAAGCACGACCUGGACAGCGCCCCAGAGCAGUACGGCUGGGAGUACCACGGCGAGAUGGAUCACAGGCGCUCGGAGGAGAUUCUCAGCGAUACGCAGGACGGAACGUUUCUCGUGCGCCAAAGUCCGGGCGCCGCGGACUUCUUCACGCUGUCCGUGCGCUUCAACCGGCGCACGAAGCACUAUAGGAUCUUCCACCGGCCAGGCUAUGGGCACUACCUGAAGGAGGACUUCAAGCGCUUCGACAGCAUCCACGAUCUCGUGGCCGACGGCCUGGUGAACUUCUACAUGCAGAUCCACGCGGCGCCCGUGUUCCAGGAGAUGCUGGCGCAGACGCAGCACAGCUACCACCAAAGCCCCUACAUGACGCUCAACCGGCGCAAGCUGCGCGCGCUGUCCAAAGAUCUGCGCAAGACCGUCCUCGCCGCCGGCCUGCCGCCGCCCGCCGCCGCCGCAGCGCCCGACGAGGCCGACGUGCUGCCCAUCGUGUACGAGAAGCACCACGCUUUCAAGCUGCACAGCUUCAAGGGGCUCAACUGGUGCGAGUUCUGCGCCAACUUCCUCUGGGGCUUCACGGCGCAAGGCGUCAAGUGCGAAGAUUGCGGCUUCAUCGCGCACAGCAAGUGUUCAGAACUCGUUCCGCCGAAGUGCGUUCCAGAUCUUAAGCGGCUGCGCGGCGUCUUCGGCACGGAUUUGACGACGCUCGUGGCGGCGCAUCACUGCAGCGUGCCGUUCGUCAUCCGGCGCUGUGUGGACGAAGUGGAGGCGCGCGGGCUGCUGCAGGAGGGAAUCUACCGCGUGUCGGGCUUCGCGGACGAAGUGGAGGCGCUCAAGCUGGCGCUGGACAAGGACGGCGACUCCACGGACAUGUCCGAGGCGGCGUACAGCAACGUCAACGUGAUCGCCGGCACGCUGAAGCUCUUCCUGCGUCUGCUGCCGGUGCCGCUCAUCACCUUCCAGGCCUAUCCGGCCUUCAUGGCCGCCGCCAAGCUGCGAAAUGCGCGCGAUCAGAUUCAGGGCCUGCGAGACGCCGCCAAGCAGCUUCCGCCGGCGCACUUCAACUGCCUCAAAGUUAUGAUGGAACACCUGAACAGAGUCGCGUCGCAUCAGAGCGUCAACAAGAUGACGGAAUACAAUUUGGCGACGGUUUUCGCGCCGACGCUCAUCGCGACGCCGCAUCACUUGACGGACUUGUCGCAGGAAAUCUUCAUGCUGUCGCUGCUGAUCGGCGAUUGUCACAAGAUCUUCUGAAGUUCUCUCAGUAUUUUUGGCGAUCUUCAAAGGCGCGUGCAAAAAUUUGACGCAAUCACAAAAAUCUCGAUUGAAUGUGAUAGGAAAAAAUUAAUAAAUUAAUUUAUAUAAUUGUUGUGUGAAUUGGACAAAUGCAGGAAAGAAGAAAAAACAGUCUUACAAGAUCGCCGAAGAUUCAAUAUUUUUCUACCUUAGCAAAGAAAGUUAGCAAAAAAAGCACUCUAAUUUUUUCUAUAUACACAAAAAAACACCCCCAAAAAAGCCACAAAGUGCACAGAAAAUGUUUAUACGAAUGUGAAGAUGAAAUGCAAUAAAUUGUCACACGUGCGAAAGCGUC